GUGGAUUUUCAAGACGUAAAUGUCAGAACUCUAGCUGAAAGGAGAAGGGAGGAGGAGAAGCAGAAACGAUUAGAUAACAUUUACAAAGAGAAAGCAAAAAGAGCUGAAAAAGAAAUGGAAGAAAUGUCCCAGGAAAUCCAAGACACACUGACAGAGAUGGAGAAUUGUUUCCGGCUUUUGAUGCCAGAUCCAUUUGACUUCACUGUGAAUGAUACAGAGUUAGACCCUGUCACGGAGAGGACUGCUAAUGAGGACAAACCUACUUCCUCCUUAUCCAUACAGAUAGCAGAUCACCAGCCAUCUUUGCUUGGACAUAUGGAUGAUGAACAGCCUUGUUGCAGCAAGGACCUUCCUUCUGUUUCCCCAUGUCUAAUAGUUGGUAGAAACAGGGACCUGAACGAAGAGUUGGGGCUGCCUGAGCAAAAGGAAAUAGACAGAGGGGAACGUUCAGAAGCUGAAAUAAUUGCUACUGCUGCCACCGAUUAUGAUGACUAUGAAACCUUUGUUAGGAACCAUGGGCUUGGUUCUCAUAAAUACACUCUCAACCUUGAAAUCUCCACAGAUGUGAAGGUGCGUGAGAAUGAAGACAAUACUGCCAUAAUAAACAAUAUCAUAGAUGCACACAAACUCAUCAGAAAUAAAUUCUUGCCAUCUGUGCAGUCUUGGAUUCAGUUGUUCACCAGAGCAGGAAUAAAUGAUGGUUGUCUAAGAUGUGCCAUUGAUUUUAAGAAUAAAUUAGAGACUGCUAUGGAGAAACAUAAGGAAAUGAACAUUGACUAUAAAGAGAGGAAAAGAAAAGUGAUAUUGAGGAGCACAAGAAGUAGCACACAGAUUUCUGAUCUGCAUGCCUCAACCCUUGACAAGGUCUGUGUCCUGAAGUCUUGCCCAGGUUUUGCAAUAUAUAUAAUGUAUAUGAAAGUCUCCGACAAUGAAGAUGAUGAAGAUGAAUUUGUGGAGGUCCCUGAGAAGGAAGGUUAUGAGCCCCACAUUCCAGACCACCUGCGUAAGGAAUAUGGAUUGGAGCCCCAAUCAUCUCUGAAAGCAUUAGCAAAAGGAAUGGUCGUGAAGCCAGCUUUGCUGAGCUUCCACUCCCAGUCAAAAAAGAAUGAAGAGGAACUUGAUCCAACCUGUGCCGCUGCAACAUUGAAGCUUAUCCGAGAUAAGCUACCUAAGUUACCAUCCCUAAAUACCAGUGCGUCUGCAAAUCCCGAGCCAGCAGCUUCAGGAGAGCUUGACAGUGAGACAGGAAAACUAGAAGAAGAAAGAGCUAAAGCUCCUAUAAUACCCUUUGGAUUAGAUCUUUACUACUGGGGACAGGACCAGCCAACUGCUGGCAAAAUUCUCAAAUUUUCUUCUCAACAUCGAUUUUGGGCACCCAAUGAAAUGGAGGAAGAGGUGGAAAACAAAGAAGUAGCCGAAAUGUUGAAAAGUAGAUGCAUAACUUUUUCUGGCAAGUUUGAACCGGUGAAACAUAAAUGUCGAGCGCCAAUGCCUGACGGGAGACUAUGUGAAAGACAGGAUAGGGUUAAGUGCCCUUUCCAUGGGAAGAUAAUCCCUCGGGAUGAAUCUGGGAAUCCUGUUAAUCCAGACGACAAAAUGAGAGAGGAAAAGAAGAGGUUUGAGAAGCAGGCAGAACAGCCAGAGUGGCAAGACCCAGAAUUCAUGAGAGAGGUUGAAGCAGCUACUGGAGUAGACCUUGGAUCCUCUAGAUACAGUGGGAAAGGAAAAGGAGGGAAGAACAAAGGGAAGAAGAGGAAAUAUCCAAAUCUGACAGACUUGAAACAGGAGGCUAAUACUUCUCGUUCACGGCUGGAGAAGAAAGUCUUCAAUAAAGGGGCCAUGAAACGGGUGGUGAAAGCAAUGAAUCGAAUGGACCAGAAGAAGCAUGAGAAGUUUGCAAACCAGUUUAACUAUGCAUUGAAUUAAGUUGCAAGAAAACAGAGGACCAAAGAGGAGAAUUAACAAGACUGCAGCUGUACAAAACAUUUCUCAAACACCUUUAUAUUCAAACUAAAAUAUUGUGUUCUACAUUUUUACUGGGGUUAUUUUUUAAUUAGUGUCAACUUCUGGUAACUUAUUAAUAUUCGAUAAUGAACAUGAAUUUUAGCAAAGAUGUGUCUGUACAUAAUUGAAUGCAUUUAACAAUUUGAUAACGACUUGGAAUUUACAUUAAAUGGAACAAGCUUUA